AUGAUCAAACGCUAUUCCAAUGCACUUCUGGGAGCGGGCAACGAAAUCCCGGGUGAGAGAUUCAGGGAGAAGAGGCAGAAACAGUACGAACACCUGCUCUUCCCUGCCCUCAUAAUCGGCAAUGACAACGUAGAUACGUUUCGUCGCGUGACGAAAUGGCUGGCAUACAACGGAACAGGCCACCUCAUGGAGCGCAAUGCUCUCGUUGCAAGAGAAGGAGAGGCGCCCAGUUAUGUCAAUCGCAUGCGCAUGCCCAAAGCCGUUAUCCGCCAAGUGCGUGUAGCACGAAGCUUCCUUCGAAAUCGACUAUGUGACGAGAUCUACAAGCAUCUCUCCGAUUUCACCAAGUCCAUGUGCCCCUGCCGCAUCAGUGGACAAUGGAAUUUCAUUCAGGCACUUGAGGCCACCGGAAUAUAUCCAUUCGAGAACGUUGAAGCCUAUUCACUGGCUUGGAUGCUGGAAAAGCUGAAGACAUUCGAGUACUUUGCACCGGAAGGAGCAAAGGAUUGCGUAUGCGGUCCCUGGGUUUCCGGUGCCACCAAACACCUGGCCGGAGAGAUUGCAGGCUUGUUUCAGGGGCUGUGCCUUGACUGUAUGUGGCACUCCAGUCAAACAGAGCUACACCCGGACUACAUCUCAAGAUAUCUGCGUUACCAAGGUGGAGACGUGAUGUCAAGACAUCUGGCUGCGAAAGGGAGGAACUCAUGUCAAGACAUCUGGGCCACGAGAGUAGACGGCACGUCGGCGACAAGUCUAGUCGUUGCGAGGGGCAUGGCUACUGGAGCUGGCGUCAUUCGUGGAUUCACGAGGAGCAUACGUGGGAGGAUAUUUUUCGACGUCACCAAAAGGUUGACUCUCACCACCACACGUUCUUCAGCGAUUACCGAUGCUCGAGAAUGUACUGAAAGCGGUCAAUGGUGGUUAGCCGGACACACCAACACCCCUACAUAG